AUAACCACAAUGGCAAAUUCAUUCACCAAAACGUUCACAAAUCUCUCAUUUAGGAAUAGGCUUUCCUUCAUGUUGUUGAUGGGUUUCAUCUAGAUUCCUUCAAUCUCUUAUAUUAUAGUGAUUAGAUAUGGGCAACCAAGUGUUAUAGGAAAGUGUCCAGGGUUCCUUUCUCUGUUCCUUUCUCAUUGUUUGUUUCUUGUUAAAAGUAGUAUUAUGCGAAACUUCUCCCACUUCUUAUUUUAUCAAAGCACUAACAUUUUCUGAAGCUUUCUCUGUUUUCCUCCUACUUCUCAAAAUCCCCCUACAGUCCAAACACAUACCGUUACAAAUUUACACAAAAAAAGAUGGUGUACAACAACAAACUUCUUUUUUUUACCGGUAUAAAGAAAACCCCAUAUUCCCAUAUGUUUACCGUCUCAUCUCUACGUCGUUUCUGUGAUGCCCCUCCUUGUUCGAACUCCCUCCUUUUUUCUUAACGAAUUCAUUAUGUUAUAACAAAUAAAAUAAGCCCUACGUCUUUUGUCAACGAGCAAACUCUUUGCUGGCUGGCCGGCCUACGGCUUCUAUAUAUAUCCCAACUCUCACGUUGCCACAACUCAAACAGUUCACAGAGCAAAACGAGAAAAAGAACGAGUGAGAGAUAGAAGUACAAAGAAAACGAAGGGGCAAGAAAUGGAGAAGCCAACAAUGACGACGACCCUCAUCUUGUCGCUAAUGGUGACAGUCUUAUUAGCGACCAGCUACGCGAAUGCUCGGAAACUUGGCGGCUCCACCGCCACCUCCUUGAUCACUGGUCGUGGUUUCCAGUUCCUGGCCGUUAAUGGUACGGCGAGGAUCGGUAAUAUUGACACCGGCAGCUGCGGCGGGAAAAAGAAAAUAUCGUGCGAAGACGGUCUCUGUUGCAGUCAGUUCGGUUAUUGCGGUAGUGUAGACGAGUAUUGUGGCGACGGAUGUCAGUCGUCGUACGGCGAAUGUGGUAGCCCCGGCGUCGACAAGAGUAGCCCACCGCCGCCCGAGAAACAGUGACGUGUCGUCAACGUUCCUCGAGGUUUUUAUAAACAGCUUAAUUAAUACUUGAUCGGGAGUUAAAAAAAGUGGGUGCUUAGUAGUAAUGAAUAAAGCUGUGGAACUCAGCUAUGACAUAAUAUAUACUAAUACUAAUGAUACUAAUUAUGGUAAUAGUAAUUUGAUAUGUUUUCCUCGUUUUCCUCCCUCUUUCUAUAGAAAUAUGUACCUGUGUCUCGAGUUAUCUUUUUUUUUCAUCACAUGUAGUGAUAAUAGAAGCUGCUGCUUCUUUAUUGGAAAUAAAAGAAUUUGUAGUUCCUAAAUUUCUCUUCGACUUAUUUUUUUUUUUUACAAUGGUAAAAAUAAAAUAAAAUUGUGGAAAAGGUUUGGUGUGCACCUAAAGAAUAACAACAUCUAAUGUACACAUUUUUUUUUGUAUUUAUUCGCGUAAAUUUGUGCUGAUCCAUGCCAUAUGGGUGUUUAUUCACGUAGCUAUUAUGGUGUACUCGUAAAAGUGAGUAGAUACUAAUACUAUACACUCAAAACUAAAUAAUAGUCUCUAAUAAAAAAAAAAUUCAGUU